CGCUGCCAAGCGAUUUGCCUGUUCGCGAUUGGUGUUUGUACACUCACUCUUUCAGCCUACGCCAUGCCCGCCGCGACGUCGAUGGACCCGCAGCCUCUGCUCGCGGUACCCGGUGCUGGCACACGCGGCCUGCAGCAGCUGAACGAGACGCAGCGCACGGUGGCAGACACGCAGCAAGUGGGCGCCGACAUCAUCGAGACCCUCGGCGUGCAGCGCGAGCAGCUGACCGGCGCCGUCCAGACGCAGAACGAGAUGGAGUCCGUCCUCACGCGCUCGUCCAACCUGAUCAAGCGGAUGCUUCGGCGCGCCGACAUGAUCAAGCUCACGCUUUGGCUCAUCGUGUUCGCGCUGCUCUGUACCAUCGUCGGCAUCGCGCUGUACCGCUGGGGCCCAAACGCGCACGGAAAGCACUCCCCCUCGCCGCCGGCCGGGCCCCAGCAGCCGCUUGUGCAAGCCUCCGCCUCGGCCGCCUCGGCCGCCGCCUCUGCCGCCACCUCUGCCGCCGCCUCUGCCGCCGCCUCUGCCGCCGCCAAGGCGGCGCCGAGCUCGCCGCUCGCUUCGGCGGGCCGGCGGCUGCAGGAGAGGCGGCGGCUGAACGAGGUGCGGCCGCUCGGCGGAGGCGUCGUGAUACUGCUCGUGGUCUCCGUGCUCACCCUCCUCGGCUGCUACUUCGCCGGCGCCAUGCAGCCCGCCAGGCGUGCGUGCGUCUCGUGCAGCCUCUUCGUCCUCUUCUCCGCGACCCUCCUCUUCCUGUCUUGCUACCCGCGCCAGACCGACGAGUGGAGAGACUAUGCCGGACCGACCGACGCCUCGCCCCUCCUCCGCUCGCUCUUCGCGCUGCUGCUCUUCCUCACGGCGCUCGCCGGACCGAUCGCGAUCGCCGCCACGCACCUGGCGCCGCCGCAGCGCAUCGACUGGCCUCCCCCCCUCUCUGCGUGCAAGGAGGAGGCAGGCGGCGCUGCCUGAGGACGAAUAUCGGCCACGCCCCGACUGCACCUCGCGCCGGUGGCGCGUGUGGUUGUGGAUCGCCCCUCAAACGCUCAAAGAGAAUGAUUGUGGCUUCGCGCAUUGUGGCUCACUGCCAAAAUAGGUGUGUCGCACGCGUCGCGAGAUGAGUCACGAAAUGUGCGCGGUGGUGUGUGCGGUGUUCUGUUUUCUCUGAAGCCGAUGCCUGUUCU